GCAAGUGUUAAAGAAAUCUGUCAAACAUUUGAAAUCUUCUUGAAUCAACCAGCCACACAUUUCCGACUUGUUCAUUGGUUGAACCAAGAUUUGAUAGAUAUUCGAGAGGAUGAUCCUUGGCCGGAAAUUAAACAAAAAAUUCAUCAUAUACUUCUGAACAGGAUAACUGAUGAAUUCACGAAGUGGGAGGAAGAUAAUAAAAAAUGUCGAAAGGUCGAGCAAGAAAUCUUCAACCAAAUCAAAUCCGAACUGCAUCUUUUACAGAGUGAUUUAGUGUCUAUCGAAGGUGAACUGCAUUCUGAUUCCGAUAGUGUCUCAUCAGAAGAAUAUUAUGGUUCAACAACUCGACGAAAAUCAUCACUCCUCUCAAUAAAGCUUGGGCGAUGUGGAGACUAUGAUUUUGGAGCGUUACAUGCACAGCGAUUACCAGUCCGAUUGGUCGGCAAAUUUUUGCAUCCAUUGGAUACUUUGGCCAAGACACUGAGACAUUCUAGUUUAUACGAAACUUACGAAUUUGCGAGGUGGAACAGGAAGAAAGAAGUGUUUCAGAAAGAUCCACUCAAUGUCGCCAAGGAGGUCUCCGAAAAGUUUCUUCAAAAGUUUUUGCAUCCCAAAAAGGGCGAAGAAAAUAAACUUCUUAACUUUGUUUCAGAAAUGUUUGAUCGUCCAAGAGAAUUACUGGAGGUUAUUGAAGAGAAUAUCCCUGCAAUGAUCCAAUCCAAUGAAGAAUUACUAGACCAUAUUUCACAUUGCCGCAUCGAUGCAAAUGAAUCAAGAGAGACAUAUGAAAAGAUGAUGGUAGGUUUAGAAACUUUAAAACAUCAGCUUUUGGAGUAUGGAACUGGACAAAUUUACGUGGAUGAUUUUAUUGGAAGGGAAAUUCGUCUUCGGGACGAUUAUAACGACUACGGAGAUUCUGGUGAUUUCCGAUGUUCAGCAAUCAUUCUAAAUUGCUCGAACAACACUCGAGGAGGAGACAGACGCAUCCAGAGGGGGAUUUGGACUGCUCUACAAAAUGCGAGUUUAUACGACGAGGAGGAAAAACGUGAUGAAGCAAUCAUCAUCAAAGUCUAUCUUCCUCUGGCCGGAAUCUCCGAAACCUUUGCAGAAGUUACCAAAUUACGAUUUCUGGAUCACCCAUGUGUAGCAAAGUUUUUGGGUAUUCACCAUUCUGAUUCUCCAAUCCCUGCAUUUGUUUAUAUGGAUCACCUUCGAAGUCUAAAAAUAUAUAGAGAAUCGACCUUUUGCAAUCUUCGAGUGGAGAUUCCGAGAUUUCUGGAGGAGGUGGUUUAUGGCCUUGAAUAUCUUCACAGUAAAAAGCUUGUCCACAUGGAACUAUGUCAGAACACCAUUACAGUAGACUUUGAUGGGAAUGUUAAACUAACCGGUGGAUGUCUUCCACGUUUAGCCAGUUUCCCAAUGGACAAGGAGUCUAUCGGUGUGGGUGAUUUUGCAUACUUGUCACCGGACGUUCUGAGGGGGGAAAUAUAUGUUGCGUGCGCAGACGUGUAUGCGCUUGGUCUUCUGAUUUUCGAAUUGUUGCUCAAUACUCGAUGUUUUGACAACCAGAGAAUGAUGACUCUUGAUUUGUUUACCAGCAAAGUGGAUCCCAUUGGAAUGAACGAUGUCAUAAAUAAAUGCCAAGAGGUGAAUAUGACUGAAUCAACUAAAAAUCUUAUUGUGUGGUGCAUGGAUCCAUCAGCGGAUAAAAGACCUCCAGUCCAAGUGAUUGCAGAAAAGAUGAGUGAUUUUAAAACUGAACAGUGUGCACAGAAUCUCAGACGUAGUGGUUUUCAAACCAGAAGACACCAGGCCGUAAAGCGUGUUCCGUCUAAACAAGCUUCUUAGCGAGA